AUGAACAAUUGGCAGUUAUCUUACCAGUCUCCAGUCGAUUUGACAGAUCAUUUGAAGAAACCUUAUUGGUCAUACGAUAAUGCGGAUAAAAAUGUUACUAGGAUAGUUUAUGAUAGUGAGGUUAAUUUAUUAUGGACGGGUGAUACUUAUGGUCGUGUGUCGUCAUAUGAUCCUUCAUAUUCGUUGUAUACACGACAUACUGCUCAUGUAGGGCAGGUCCCAGUUGUUGAUUUAUUGAGUCAUAAGCAAGGUGUUAUUUCUUUAGGAGCAGAUUCUUUAAACUUUACGAAUCGCAGAAGUGUUACUAAAUUGAACCUGACUGCGGCAGAUAUUCCGCAAAUGAGCGAUAUGAAAUCGAUGUGUUUUAUUAAUCCGAGCCAAAAUCAUGUUUUAUGUGGCGGUGGGAAUGUUGCAAGUGGUAUUAUUGAUAUAGAUUUGGUCAAGGGUCGUUUAUGUAAUACUAUACCAUAUCCGUCGAAAGUAAAGCUGAUGAAAUCAAGUCCGAGAACGGUUGUAGUAUCGAAAGUGUUUGGUACCACAGAUCUUAUUGAUCCAAAUAGUAAUAAGGUUGUGAGGAGUUUGUCUGGGCAUUCCUCGGUGGUGAGCUCUAUGGAUAUUCAGGAUUACACACUUGUAACGGCCGGUAAAUCCAAGCGCUUCAAUAUGCAAUAUCCUGAUCAAUUUGUGAACGUUUAUGAUCUACGUAUUAUGAAACAGUUGCCCCCGAUAUCUUUUUCUAAAGCUAACGAUUUCAUGGGCACGGGUUAUUCUAUUGGUGCUGAUUUUGUGCAAUUGCACCCUAUAUUGCCAACUGUGGUUGCAAUUGCAUCUGUAACAGGCGUUUUUGACUUUGUAGAUCUGGCAAAUCCUACUGCUCGUAGUCAGUACUGUCAUCCAUGCCAGUCCAUAACUCAGUUUGAGCUAUCUCCUAGUGGUGACUACAUUGCGUUCAUUGAACAUGACAAUAAUAUCAAUAUGUGGACCAGGUCAAACGGAACGACUGGUUUUACAAGCUCUGCAGCUAUCAUACUAGAAUAUCCAGAUUUUCCGGAUGAUGGGAUCCUCCCCAAUCAUAUUCCGGUAGAUAAUUAUGACUAUCCAUUGAGCAGUGUGGGUUUGCCGUACUUUAGUGAGAAGCUUCUGUCGGCAUGGCAUCAAACAGUGUUUCGAAGCGAUGGUACAAUACCAAUCAACACUGAAAAGUUCUUCGGUAACGCAACUGCGUAUUCUAGUGUUAAUUCUCGACCAUCCUCAACCCGUUCAGUAGCCAUAAGUGCUAUGUAUAACAAAUAUCCGAUGUAUCCAUACGAUAGAUUGAAGUUAGGAACAAGGAACCUUGCUGCACCUUACAGAAGUUUACGGGAACGUAAAAAGAAGCUUCUCAUUACAGAUGAAGACUGCACUGAUAAGCAAGAGCUCAUGAACUAUAGACCUUAUCACGAGAGGGAGGUCCCCCCGGCUUUUACCAAACUGCAAAUGAUAUACGGUAGAUUUGGAGUUCAAGAUUUCGACUUUCAGGCAUUUAAUAACACAAAAUUCUCAGGCUUAGAAAAUGACAUUGAUAAUUCGUAUACCAACGCAAUUCUGCAAGUAUAUCGUUUUGUGCCAGAGUUGUAUAACUUCCUGGUUAGCUGCCUUAAGCAAGAAAAUUUCAGCGAUUGUUCACUUUUAACAGAACUUGGUGCUCUAUAUGAUAUGAUGGUUUGUGCCAACGGUGAAGUUUGUCGUUCCAGUAACUUCCAAGAUGCUUUGGCAUCGAUAUUAAAAGACAAGCAGUUAGGCUUACUAACCGAUACGUUGCCAGAUAUGUCAUAUGUGGCUAAUAAUCGUUCUUCUAGUGCUCCCUCGACGCCAAAUUAUGUUCCUUCACUUGCUGGCCGACUGGAAAAUAUGUUAAUUGGCGAAGAUCAGGGAAAUAGCAACAUACAGGAUGAUAAUGAACUGGCCCUCACAAUCCCGCAAAAAUUCAAUAACUUCUUAUUAAGUAGGUUGUUGUUUGAAGAGGUCCAACUAAAAAUCAAUACAACUCAGAGUAUAGUGCUUGAGGAGCUAUUUGGUAUUGACAUACAAACAACCUCUAGGUCCUUGUCAUCUUGUGCCUGCUUCUCUCGUGAAUCUGACCUAUUACCAACACUAACAGUGACGAGUCCGAUGUCCAAUAAUAUCAAAUAUGUCAACAAGAAACUCAAUAACCAAACUAUUCUACCGUACAUUGAAUCUUCAAUGAGUAGGAUAAAGCAUUUUAAAUCUAUGUGUGAAAAGUGCUUUAAAAAUGAGGUUCUUGAGCGCGAAAAAAAUGUACGCAAUCUCCCACCAUUAUUAUCCUUGAACAUUGCUUUGUCCUCAGAAGAAUGGUCCACAGCUAAAACGGUAAGAUCUUGGUUAGCGAAAGAAUUUUAUGCUACUAUAUCCAAGGAUAGACCUAUUUUAAAGUUACAGCCUACGGACCUGAAAACGACGAACGCAAUUUUUAAGUACGAACUAAAUGGAUAUGUUGCUCGUAUUCAAGAUUACAUUUCCGAGUCUCACCUGGUAACAUAUUGUAAAGUUUUUGACCCAAAAAAUAGAAUCUACAAAUGGUAUAUGUUUAAUGAUUUCUUGGUUCAGGAAGUCGAUGAGGAUGAGGCUUUAAACAUAUCUUACUGGUGGAAAACACCUGAAAUCGCGUUAUAUUCUGAUGCAGAGGAGUUGAGGAAACCUUUUGUUCCGGCAAGCUUUUACUCCAUAAAUCAUAAUAUAUUAUAUCGGGAUCAUUUUGCGAAUGAGAUCAAAAACAGUAUAAAACGUGAAUAUCAAUUAUUAACCAAUGAUGAAGCCCCUACACCAGGCUCUUUGGUGGCAUUGGAUGCUGAAUUUGUUGUUCUAACUGAAGACCAAUUUGAAAUUUCAUGCAAAGGUGUCAAAACUCUUAUCAAACCGGCGAAAACUGCUUUGGCAAGAGUUUCGGUCCUAAGAAGCUGUGGUGACAAAGCUGGAGUUCCUUUCAUCGAUGACUAUGUCGUUAACACCAAUCAUAUUGAAGAUUACUUGACUAAAUACAGUGGUAUUGAACCAGGUGAUUUAGAUCCUCAAACUAGCGACAAACCAUUAGUGACAAGAAGGGUUGUCUUGCGGAAAAUAUGGCUGUUGUUACAGCUAGGAUGUGUCUUUGUAGGACAUGGGCUAUUCAAUGAUUUUAGAAAUAUCAAUAUACACGUUCCCAAAGAGCAAACAAGAGAUACCGCAUGUUAUUAUUUGCAAGGUAGAAGAUACCUAUCUUUAAGAUACCUCGCUUACGCCUUAUUAGAUCAGAAUAUACAAAGCGGUAACCAUGACUCAAUUGAAGACGCUCAUACAGCAUUGAUCCUUUAUAGGAAGUAUUUGGAUCUAAAGGAGAAGGGUAUAUUCGAAAAAGUCUUAAAUAGAAUUUACGAGGAAGGAAGAGCUACGAACUAUCGAGUUCCUGGAGAUCUAUAG